AUAUUACUUUCCGAAUCUCAAAGCAUUCCCACAUUCUUCUCUCACCCACGCCACAAUGAAACUCACCCAACUACUGUAAUGGCUAUGGUGACACGUGUUCCUUUUGUCGCCGCUGCCACUACUCCUCUCUCUUCCUCUUCUUCUUCAUUUUUGCAGUCACUAACAUGGUGGAACCGAGAAAGUGUUGCGAAGGGCGUUGGAACAAGAAUCAGUGUUGUGGCCGCGAAGAUCACUGUCCUUGUUACGGGAGCGGGUGGUCGCACAGGGAAAAUAGUUUAUAAAAAGCUGAAAGAGAGGCCAAAUGAAUAUGUGGCAAGAGGUCUGGUUAGAAGAGAAGAAAGCAAAGAGAAGAUUGGUGGUGCAGAUGAGAUUUAUGUAGGGGAUAUAAGAGAUGCUGAGAAUAUUGUUGCUGCAUUUCAGGGUAUAGAUGCUCUCAUAAUCCUCACAAGUGCAAUGCCACGAAUAAAACCUGGGUUUGAUCCAACCAAGCAAAAGAGACCAAAGUACUAUUUUGAAGAGGGGGCAUUUCCUGAACAGGCUCAAUGCUCGGAGCACUGUGAAGUUGACUGGAUUGGGCAGAAAAAUCAAAUAGAUUCUGCUAAGGCUGCUGGAGUUAAGCAGAUUGUGUUGGUGGGGUCUAUGGGUGGAACUGAUGUUAACCAUCCAGUGAACAAAAUGUGCAAAGGGAAUAUAUUGAGUUGGAAAAGGAAGGCUGAGCAAUAUCUGGCUGAUUCUGGCAUCCCAUAUACAAUUAUAAGGUGUGGAGCUUUUGAAAACGAGGAAGGAGGACUUCGGGAACUGAUUACAGGGAAGGAUGAUGAGAUGCUAAAGAUUGAAACCAAAACCAUACCAAGAGCUGAUGUUGCAGAAGCAUGCAUUCAGGCACUAAAUUAUGAGGAGGCCAAAUUCAAGGCAUUUGACUUGGCAUCAAAACCUGAGGGUGCAGGUUCACCAACAAAAGACUUCAGGGCUUUAUUUUCCCAGAUCACUACUCCGUUUUGAAUUUCAAUGUUGUGUUCAUGAUGUUCUGGACUGUGACAGAUGAUUAUUAGUGUUAUGUGAAAUAUACAGUGUCUUGCCAAAUUUAGUGAAGUAUUGUUUUAAAUAAAAUAUAGACUUCAUUUCUGCCAUCA